AAGAUUCGAGAGGCAUGCAGGGUAGCUCGCGAGGCCGGGUACGAUUACCUCUGGAUUGACUCAUGCUGCAUCAACAAGACGAGCAGUUCCGAGCUGUCUGAGUCAAUUAACUCGAUGUAUCAGUGGUAUGGCCGUUCCGUAGAGUGCUACGCAUACCUUGCCGACGUCCCUCCUGGUGAAGACCCUCGCUCUCCGAAGUCCAAAUUUCGUUCAAGCCGAUGGUUCGAGCGCGGGUGGACGCUCCAGGAGCUCGUUUCGCCCUCUGAAGUGAAGUUCCUCUUGAACGACUGGAACAUCAUCGGAACCAAGCACGUCCUCGUUGACCCCGUCAGUGAGAUCACCGGCAUCUCUGACGAGGCCCUACUACACGAGAAGUCACUCGAUGAGUUCAGCGUUGCUCAACGACUUUCGUGGGCCGCAAAACGAGAGACGACGCGGGUGGAAGAUCGGGCAUACUCGCUUCUUGGUAUCUUCGACAUCAAUAUGCCGACGCUCUGUGGUGAGGGCGAGCGUGCCUUCCGGCGGCUGCAGGAGGAGAUUCUGCGGCGAGUACCUGACCAGAGCAUUUUCGCAUGG